GCAGGGCAGGGAUAGAUUCUGGUAGCCCGACUGGAAAAAUCUCUAGCCCCGGGACGUCGGGCUAGCGAUUUUGCGAGCCCUGUGGUUAAAAUGUACAUUCUUUAAUCCAUCUUGCUCAAGAUGGACAACAGGUUGGCAAUGCUCUUGCUGAUGGUUUUGGGCCUUGCCCAUGAUGUUACCAGCUCCAACCACCCUUCUCCACCAACGGCACAUGCAACAUCAGCUAACAUCAGCACUAACGGCACUGGAAGGAUUUUUCCACUUCUUUAUUUAGACUAUGGAAAGGUUCAAAUUUCAUUUGAGGUUGCAAUGUGGAUCCUGCUUGCUUCUCUUUUGAAAUUAGGGUUCCAUCGGCUUCCACAUAUAUCCACCCAUGUGCCUGAUAGGUGCCUUUUUAUUGUGGUGGGCUUGGUGUUCGGGGGACUCUUUAGGGCUGGUGGACAGGGAGUCCCACAAAUCCUCCACAAAUUAUUUUUCCUUUGCCUGCUGCCCCCCAUCAUUUUGGACGCUGGCUACUUCCUGCCCAUCGAACCCUUAUUCAAGAACCUGGGCAGAGUUUUAUUAUUUGGCUUUGUGGGUUCCAUUUGGAAUGGAUUCUUUGUUGGGGGCAUUCUUUAUGGAGUGUGUAGGAUUGGCACAGGCAGUACAGUGCUCACCAACACAGGUCUACUGCAGUGCCUGCUCUUUGGAUCCAUCACAUCAGCAGUGGAUUCUGCUGCUGUAUUUGAGAAGAUCCAAAUGAAAGACAUCUUGCACAUCCUGCUGUUUGGCGAGUCAAUCCUGAGCGAUGCUGUAGCUGUGGUAUUGUAUCAUCUGUAUCAUGAAUUCCAUGUUACUGCCUCAGUGACAUUCAUGAAGGUCUUCCUGGGAGUCAUCGCUUUCAGUUUAGCUGGACUGGGUGGCAUCCUAGUUGGAUCUUGCUACGGCAUCCUCACUGCCUUCACCACACGCUUCACCUCCAAUACGGGCAUCGUUGAGCCUCUUGUGGUUUUUUUGUUUUGCAACUUGGCCUACCUGUCAGCUGACAUGUUCAACCUCUCUGGCAUCAUUGCGUUGAUAUCAUGCUGUGUUGUGAUGCGACCCUUUGUCCAGGCUAACAUUUCCUGCGAGUCCGAAAUGACUAUAAAAUAUUUUUUAAAGAUGUGGAGCAGGUUUAAUGAAAGCCUUAUUUUUAUUUUUGUGGGAGUGGUCACGGUUGCUGGACCUCAAGUCUGGAACUGGACCUUCAUCACUCUCACAGUAAUUCUGUGUGUUGUUGCACGGGUCAUAGCUGUUGUUGGUCUGACCUUUCUGACCAACAAAUUUCACAGUGUCAAGCUGACCAAGGAGGAUCAGUUCUUAUUUGUCUGCAGUGGCCUGCGAGGUGGCGUCGCGUUCUUCCUCGCUUUUCUACUGGAAAAGGACCACUUUCCAGAGAAAGAAAUUUUUGUCACUGCCAUUAUCACUGUGAUUUUCUUCACCAUCUUUGUUCAGUGCAUGGCCAUCAAACCCCUGAUGAAGCUGCUGGCGGUGAAGAAAAACCAACUUGCCACUGAUCAAGAGAUCCGCACCCAGGUCUUUCACCGUCUAGGCCUGCAUAUUGAUGGUGUCUGUGGAGACAACGGGCAUCACCACAGGAUGGACAAACUGAAGCAAUUCAGUGACCUGUAUUUAAAGAAGUGGCUGAUUGCGGGUGAAGGCAAGAUGGAGGAGCAGGAGGAGAGUGGAGGGGGAACAGAGCUGCCUUCUGCUGUGCCUUCCACUGUUUCCAUGCAGAACAUCCAACAGCUGUCUGAAGGACAGUAUCAAGAGAUCCAUGAAUCUCUACAGAAUUUAUGGAUUCUGCUUCAGAGGACACGGCAGAGGCAGGUGGAGACUGGAGGGGGAACUGAGCUGCCUUCCACUCUUUCCAUGCAGAACAUCCAACAGCUGUCUGAAGGAGAGUAUCAAGAGAUCCAUGAAUCUCUACAGAAUUCAUGGAUUCUGCUUCAGAGGACACGGCAGAGGGCUGAGCGGAUGAGAAAGGAGGAGGCCGACGCUCAGAGAAAGGCUGAUGAUGAUGCCAAGAAGAUAGCAAAAUGAGAAAAAGGAGAACAGAGAAGAGGCAAGAAGCAGACUGAAAGAGAAAAGAAGAAGAAGGUUCUUGCAGAGAGAUGCAAACCCGUGAACAUCGAUAAUCUCAGCGAUGACAAGCUGAGGUAACCCAAAGGGGAACAAAUGAGGGAAACACACAGAAGAUAUUUGUUUUGGUUUUCACUGUUCUUUUCAAUUCAGUUCAAUUCAGUUUUUUUGAUAUAGCUCCAAAUCACAUCAACAGUUGCCUCAAGGCAGGUUUAUUCUGGUUUAUUAUUAGU